AUGUCGCCACGAGAGUCCACUACCUCCACGAAACGCCACCCCUCGUCACUUCGUCCACGAGCCCGAACUGCAGUGCAGGUCCCCUUUCCCAAAGACUACACAUUCGACCAGUGGCAAGUUGGAGCCUGUCAGGAUCAUAAUGCAUCGGUGGUCGAAGAGAUGGAGCCUUUCCCGCACGCUGCGCCCCGACGCCGUGCGGCUAAGAGCUUCUCGAGUCUGCGCCACCCAGUGGAUGGCUUAGUAGCCCUGGGACGCCGCCUUUCGGUCACCAUUCGCAACAAGUCGUCAAAGCACAAUCUCCAGGUUCAAGGAGAGGAGGAGAAGGAGGAGGAUAACGAAUACCGCCAUUACCAAAUCGCAAGUCAUUCCCACAAGCGCAAUGCUGCGUCUGGUAACUGGGAGGUGCGACCGCAGCCAUGGACGCAUGGCUAUAGUCAAGUCAACCGUCGUCCUUCUCUGAACAGCGUCUCUGCGCUCCACAGCUUUUAUGCGCCCACCGCAGCAAUUCCAGCUCCUAUCCCGGGCCAUGGAUUGGAGCCGCCCAUCCUACCCAACGAUCGGUUCUCCGGUGCGGCGGCCCGUGCCGCGGCUGCGGCGCAAAACGAGCAGAUGGAGAUGGCCAGACUCGAGUUGGCCCAAGCAGAGCGUAGGAAGAUGCUUGAUAUGAUCGUGACGCAGGACUCCGAGAGUGGGAUCGAAAUUGAUUUGCGAGAUCAUACUGACUCGGACGAUGAGCUGGACAUAAUGCGCCUUGAUCCGGCUUCUUACUUGCCUGCUGAGCUCAUGACACACAUUCUUUGCCAUUUAGACCCUGCCUCUUUGUUAAAUUCUGAGCUGGUUUCACGUCUCUGGAACCAGCAAGCAUCGUCCCCUUAUGUCUGGAAGCCCGUGUUUCGUGGUGCCUACCCCCGCCGUCCUGCCAGUUCCACCGCAACCAAGAAAAAGCAGUCUCUCGGGUUGGGGAAGCAGAUGCCCCACCAAGACUGGAAGAGAAUGUUUCUUGUUCGACGAGCUCUCGAGCACCGUUGGAAAGAGGGGAAAGCGGCCGCAAUUUAUUUGCAUGGACAUCAGGACAGCGUUUACUGUGCGCAGUUUGAUGAAGAUAAAAUUAUUACCGGAUCUCGGGAUCGCACAAUUCGUGUGUGGGAUGCUCACUAUCCUUGGUCUUGUCUCAAGGUCAUUGGUCCCCCUCUGGACGACGUGCCCGGGAUUGGCCAAGUGAACAACCCGGCCCAACAAGCGACCGGAAAGUCUCCCUUCCUGACCAUCUGUCCUCCGUCCACACCUCUGGAGAACAUUGCUUCACCAGUGACACAGUCGCUAGAUUACCAUAGUGCCUCGAUUCUCUGUCUUCGAUUUGAUGAGGAGAUCAUGGUCACUGGGUCUUCGGACUUUACCUGUAUCAUGUGGGAUAUCAAAAAUGACUACAAGCCGAUCCGUCGUCUUUCUGGUCACCGUGCUGGAGUCUUGGAUGUCUGUUUUGAUGAUCGUUACAUCGUUUCAUGCUCCAAGGAUAGCACCAUCUGCGUGUGGAGCCGCAAGACUGGCGAACUCCUGAAGAACCUUGUGGGUCACCGCGGGCCGGUGAAUGCUGUACAGCUGCGGGGUGAUCUCGUGGUGUCAGCCAGCGGUGAUGGUGUGGCUAAGCUGUGGAACGUCACAUCCGGCCACUGCGUCAAGGAGUUUCCCAGCAAGGACCGUGGCCUAGCUUGUGUUGAGUUCAGCGACGAUGGUCGGACCAUCUUGACGGGUGGCAAUGACAAGACCAUCUACCAAUUCGAUGCCAAUACGGGCGAAUUGGUCAAUGAACUCCACGGCCACACUGGGUUGAUCCGCUCGCUGCACUUGGACAGCAUGAACAAGCGCAUCGUGAGUGGCAGCUAUGAUAUGAGUGUCAAGGUUUUCGAUGCAGACUCUGGAAAGCUAUCUAUUGAUCUGCCUGGAUGGACCACCAGCUGGAUGUUGAACGUCCAGUCAGAUUACCGACGCAUCGUAGCCACCAGCCAGGACUCGCGAGCUGUGAUCAUGGACUUUGGUUAUGGUCUCGAUGGGAUUGAAUUGCUGGAAGAGUGA